AUGGCAAAAAACAACAUUUCAGCUCCAAACGGUCCAUCAUCAACAAAAUCUAUUUUUAAUCCUUUCGGGAAAAUAACUGUGCAAAUCAUCAACGAUCUCGGCAACAAACAAACGUUACUGUAUCAUUAUAAAUUAAAAGACGAUUAUUUUGGUAACCAGAGUUUGCAAUUUGGUCAGUCGUGGUUGUUUAAAUUCUGGCGUCAGUUCUUUGGAAGAACAUUGUUUUAUUGUAGUUUCGAGUUGCCAAAUGGACGGCAUUGGUUCGACAUAUACAGAGACCACCGUGAAAGUUCUGGCGAUAAUUGGUGUCAAAAGUGUGUGUGGAAGAUAAGACAAACCGGGCCUUGCAGGUUUAACGAUGUAUCUAAGCAGUUUGAUAGUUGUUAUCCUUGGAAUAAAUCAUUGAAAGAGAUUUAA